UCAAUAACAUGCAUACCAUAGCAUUAACAACAUGGCAACUUUUAAUGAGUUUUAACUUUUAAAUGAUAAAUCUCCGCAUUAUACUAGCCUGAAGAAAAAUGGAUAAGUUAUUUGAAGAAUUAUCAACCAUUCUCAGUGUCCCUGUAGACAAAGUCCGCUAUGUGACCCUGUUCCUUGUAUCUUUUCCAUUGGCUACCCUCCUCCGUGUUGUUCUUCAUUAUUCAUACACUAGUCCUACCAUCAGACACACUGUAUCUGCUCUACUCGGCCUCUUCUUUGGAUGGAUAUGUUUCCAAUGGCAGGUAUUUUAUCUGAUAGGGUUUGUAUUAAUUGGUUACAUAUUACUAGUCACUCUACCACCAUCCAUUGUACAAAGAUAUUCAAUGAUAUAUGCUCUCAUUAGUAUUAGUACUGGACACAUUUAUCGUUUAAUAACUGAUUAUGGAGGAUACACUCUUGACUUUACUGGUCCACUGAUGCUCCUGGUUCAAAGGGUCUCCUAUGUUGCUUAUGCUUAUCAUGAUGGAGUAGCUAGAGAUGAGUCAAAACUAACUGAAGAUCAGAAGAGACAUAAAAUAGAUUCCAUACCUUCCCUAUUGGAAUAUUUCAGUUAUAAUUUUUGUUUCAUGACCUUCUUAGCUGGCCCCACCACCACAUAUAGAGAAUAUGAUGAUUUCAUUACUGGAAAUAAUAUGAUCAGAGCAAAGCAAGUAACAGGUUCUGAUCCAAGUCCACUGGUUCCUGUACUAAAGAAAGCAUCAGUUUCUCUUUUAUUCCUAUCCAUUGUUGUAUUAAAUACUCAGAGACUAGACAAGAACUUACUAUUAGACCCUGAUUUGUCAUUCCCCAGACGACUCCUCAACAUUACAAUAUUUGCUUCAAUAAUAAGGUGCCAGUACUACUUCACUUUCAUCAUUGCUGAUGGUAUAUGUAAUGCUGGUGGUCUGGGCUAUGAUUCAUUAGCCAGUGAUGAGUCCAAGAGAUGGAGUCUGACAACAAUGGUUGACGUGUAUCAGAUUGAACUAGCCACUAAUGCUCGUGAACUGAUAUCAGGAUGGAACCUACCAACAAUGAACUGGCUAAGAAGGUUAAUCUAUGACAGAGGUAAUAAAUCUGUAUUACUCACCAACAUGGUAUCAGCAAUGUGGCAUGGUUACUAUCCUGGAUAUUACUUAUCCUUCUUUGUGGCUGGCCUAGGUACACUAGUUGGUCGUAAGUUACGGUUUAUCACCCAGAAUGCAUUCGAUAGCUCUCGUGUCAUGAAAAGCUCCUACACUGUACUCUGUAUCAUUGUCCUAUCUUUAAUGAGAGACUUCAACUUCAUAUCAUUCCAACUGAUGUUCCUUGAAGACAUAUUCUUCAUUUGGAAGUGUUAUUAUUUUAUUCCGGUCAUUGGUCUCCUCUCAUUGUUCUUUCUCCUGCCCUCAGUCAAAAAGCAGAAAAGCACAUGAACUGCUCACCAAUAAUGCUAGUGAAGGGUGUCAUCUCUAGAGAUGUAGAUUAUUAUUUAUUUUAUUUUAAGCUGUAAUAGAUAAUAUAAUUAAUUUUAGUGCUUUUAAUUUAUUUUUCCAAUAAUAGUUUCAAUAUGUA